AUGGGGAACAGCAAAAGUGGAGCCCUUUCUAAGGAGAUUUUGGAGGAACUUAAACUUAAUACCAAAUUCACCCAAGAUGAACUAUGUACUUGGUACCAGUCAUUUUUAAAAGAAUGUCCCAGUGGAAGGAUCUCAAAACAACAGUUUGAAAACAUUUAUGCAAAGUUUUUCCCAAAUGCUGACCCCAAAGAAUAUGCUCAUCAUGUUUUCAGGAGCUUUGAUGCCAAUAAUGACGGAACACUGGACUUUAAGGAAUACAUGAUUGCUCUUCACAUGACUUCAUCGGGUAAAGCUGACCAAAAACUGGAGUGGGCCUUUUGCUUGUAUGAUGUUGAUGGCAACGGAAAUAUCAGUAAGCCUGAAGUGCUGGAGAUCAUUAUGGCAAUAUUCAAAAUGAUUCCCACAGAAGACCAGAAGUCGCUGAAAGAAGAUGAAAAUACACCGGAGAAAAGAACUAAUAAAAUAUGGGAUUACUUUGGCAAAAAGGAUUGUGAUAAACUGACCGAGGGUGAAUUUAUUAACGGUAUCAUGAAUAAUAAAGAAAUUCUGCGUCUGAUCCAACUUGAACCUCAGAAAGUCAAGGAUCGGCUAAAAGAGAAGAAACAGUAA